AGGGUUGGUUUUAUACGAUUUUACGAUUGGCGACUAUUAUCUAGGUGAACCACAGCCACGGUUAUGAUUACAUUAUUAUUAUUGUUUUCCUUUUAUCAGUUUUUUAACCUAAAUAACACGUUUUCGAAAAAUCUAAAUAAUAGAACUUAUGCAGAUCCCUACGGAGAACAAUUUAAUCUUUAUUGGUUUUCGUCAUAUCUCCCACGGUUUUCCCGGCAAACAGCUCGUAAACGUGAUUUUCCAAAUUAUCAUAUAUUAUCAUAAGUUACGAAAAAAUAAACUGCAAUGCUUUGUUUAAUAAUACUUCAUUAAUGGCCAUGUUAAAUAUUGAGUUAUUCCAAAGUCAGUUCUUUCUGUUACACCCUGUACAUAAUUUUUAAGUUGCAUUUUAUUAACAUAAUAUUAAAUUAAUAUAUAUGUAUACUAUUUAGUUGGUAUUGAGACAAUCGAGCGGACAUACGGGACAAGAAAUGAUGAACCAGCUGUUUGGAAAUCAGUAAAGGUGUUGAAACAAAAAGCUUUUAAAAAAAAUAUAUAUAAAAAUGCAAAAGUCUUACGAUAUAUAGCUGUUGCUGUUACUCAAUUAAGUGCAAUGGGGAACGUAAUAGCAAUUGACGAUAUUGAGUUAUAUUUAAAAAAAAAUGGAAUGUUCAAUAUUCAUGUUAGUGAACAUAUUAAAAACAAUAAUGCUCAAAUUCAAAACGUUAUGCACACAACAACCUCUGAUUUAGAUUACACUACUACAUUAAACCAAAAAUUAUUUAAUAUAAUACAGCAAAAUAAUUUUUUAAAUAAUUACAAAUCGUAUAAAACUGAAAUAAUCAAUAACAUCAUGUCUGAAAACAAACAUUUAAAAAAACAGAAAGCAAAAUUCAUUUCCGCAUACAAAAAAAAAUUAAACGAUGCAUUUGCUAGUAAGCAACUUGAAAACCUCGUUGAAUUUGAAAUUGAGAAGCAAAUACCGAAGGUUGAUUAUUUUUAUAAUGCUACAAAAGAAUGGAAAGUGAAUGAAAAAAAUGAUCAAUUGAACCACAUGAAAAGUUUAAAUAUAAUGCCGGUUGUCUUGUACAACAAAUUCAAAAAACUAAGUGACGAUUAUUUGUUUGUCCAAAAUAAAGAAAACACUGUUCAUCAUAUUUUAAACAGAACAACUUUUUUUGAAUGUGUGUCGUAUGAUAAAUAUAAACAGAAUCCAGAAUUUGCGCAAUUAAUGCACGACGCAAUUAGUAACAUGGUGAUAUGUAUACAAUUCAAUAUUGUAUACCAACAUAUUGGCCCAUUUUACGAAGUCAAUGAUGCGUUGACGGAAGAUGGAUAUUCAGUAUAUCGUAAAGAACUUUUCCAUAAUUUUAGAAUGAUGGUGUCCAAAUUAGAAGAUUUGGAAAAAAACAAAUAUUUCGACAUCGAUAUGAUUGUAAAGGACGUUCCACGAAUGAAAACGGUGUAUACGGACAAUGGCCAAUGUUUAACAAAAUUUAUUCACGAGGAACAUGACAAAUUAAAAAUUAUUGAUAUCAUGAUUUUAGGUGUAUUUCAAUGGUUCAACAUAAAUAAAUAUGAUACCGAUUUAACCAUGAAAUGCCUGAUAAAAAACGUUUUGAUAUUUUCAAAAUUAUUAAAAUUAAAUUUUAAAGAGUCCUUUUCCAAUUCCCAUAUAAAAGCAUCAGUACAUAAAUUAAGCAGCAACAAAAUUCUAAAUCAAUACAGAUUCUCAUUAAAAUCACCUUUUUCUUAUUCAUUGAACCAAAAUUCAUUUCCCUCAAUCAAAAAUUUAAACAAUAAUAAAUUAUUCUACACCAUCAUACGUAUACAUCCUCAUUUAUAUGAAAAUUACUUCAGAGGCCAUAACAUAAACCCCCCUCAAUUCGACUUUUCAAUUUUAAAAAAAAAAAUUAAUUUCCUUCAACAAAAUGUGAAUUCUAUACUUUCCAAUCACCUCAACACAAAUUUCGACACAUUCCAUUCUGAUUUCCGCCUCCAACUAAAAACCUAUAAUUCUAAUAUUGCAAAAAUUGAUAAAUACAUAAAAAUAAACAGUUUGAAGUCCAAACAAAAUAAUUUGUUAACAUCAGCAGUAAUAAAUACACCAAAAUCUAUUAGAAAAUCAAAACCAUCAUUUUAUCCAAGAACUGCUUACUGCGCAUGA